AUGGUCAAAAACCCCAAAGUCCUGCUGAUAGCACCAGGUUUGGAGCUAGGCAUUGAUCCUGUGUUGUUCAUGUACUUCACAAGUAUGUCUACUGCCCAGACUACUGAUUGUCUACACUUGAGGGAGCAAUGUAUAAACGCUGCAAAUGGAUGUGAGAGUGUCUGGAAUAUUGCUGAAGAUAUCUGCAAUAUAUCAGGUAAUAGAUGCAAGGCAGAAGAUACUAUUGGAUGUAACAAAAUCAUCCAGAUCCUGGCUGACAAAUACCCAGAAUUUAAAAACUGUGUCUGCACUACAGACGAUUUCUGUAGCAUCAAGACUUUGCUUGGCAAACAGUGCAGCAUUGAUAAAGACACUAUCAGUAUGGAAGCAAAAUUACAAUGGAGUUUAUCUGCCCUCACCAAACAGGCAUACACAGCAGACAGAACCUGUUUGGAUGUGAACAAGGAGUGUGUUGAAGAUGCAGUAUGUAACAAACAGUUGUCCCUGUACCUUAAGGUUUGCUCAGUAAAUAAGAAGUGCAACAUGGAAGAAUGUCAAGCAGCCAUAAGGUUCUUCUAUCAAAACAUGCCUUUUGAAGUUGCCCAAAUUAUGACAUUUUGUGAUUGUCCCCAGCCUGAUGAAUCCUGCCACAGAGCCAAAGAACUGCUCCAUGGCAAGCCCUGUGCGGUUUCUGCAGUUCCACCCCCAUCAUGCCUGAAUGUAAUUCACAUGUGUGAAGAGAAUGAAUUGUGCAGAAAAAAAUACAAAACUUUUCAUUCAAAGUGUUGGAGACAUGUGACAAAAAAAUGCUACAAUGAUGAAGCUUGUCUUGAAACUUUAACCAAGGGUGACCUGCCGUGUUCUGCAAAUGCUGCUUGCAAAGCAGCCUACGUCGGCAGCUGGGGCACAGCCCUGCGCAUGGAGUGCACCUGUCAGAACCUCCCCCCCGCGGAGCAGUCCUUGUGCAAGCUCUUCCACCACAUGCUUCACAGCAAAUCCUGCUUCAGCGAGUUACGUGAGUAA